GCGUCCCCGCGGUGGGAGACGUGCUGCAACAAGUCAGAGAAGCCGGCGGCAGAGGCAACCCGAACUGGCAGCCACUGCAGAAGCCAGAGGAGGAGCCGGAACAUCUGUCGGCGGCGGGGAGCUGCCUGUAGGGAUGAGAGGCCAGUAGGUCCACGGCAGAGAUGGGCACGGUGGGGCGGCGAUGGUGCCAGUGGGAGCGAGCCCUGCUGUGGAUCGUCCUGGUGGCUGCGUGGGACGCGGCGAGGGGGCAGCUGCGUUACCGUGUUCCAGAGGAGCUGCCCAAGGGCUCGUUCGUGGGCGACGUGGUCAAGGACCUGGGGCUGGAGCUGACGAGGAUUCGUGAUAGUGGCGUCCGCAUCUUGGACAGAGGUAGGACACAGUAUUUCGCCCUGCAGGGGAAGACUGGCCAUUUGGUGAUAGCGGAGAGGAUAGACAGGGAACAGCUGUGCUAUAGUGUGCGGCAAUGCGUGCUGCGCUGUGAGGUAAUAGUGGAGGGGGAAAUGCAGGUUUACAAAAUCGAAGUGGAAAUCACAGACAUUAACGACAACGCUCCCAGCUUCCGACAAGCAGAAAAAGAGCUGAGAAUGAGCGAGACGACAGCCCUGGGGUCACGGUUUCUCCUGGCCGAGGCUCACGACCCGGACUUGGGGCCGAAUUCCCUGCAGCACUACGAGCUGAGCGGCGACGAACACUUCUCACUGGCCGUGCAGGAGGGUCCCGGCGGCGAUCAGCGUCCCGAGCUGGUGGUGGCGAAAGCGUUGGACCGUGAGGAGGCGGCUUUUCACGAGCUGGUGCUGAGGGCGAGCGAUGGGGGAGAGCCUGCACUGACAGGCACGGCUCGGAUCCGCGUGGCCGUGCUGGACGUCAAUGACAACGCGCCCGUGUUCAGCCAGGCAGAGUACACUGUGCGUGUGGCAGAGGACGUGCCUGUAGACUCCGUCCUCGUAACAGUCAUGGCCUCUGACGCCGACGAGGGUGUGAACGGACACGUGAAAUACUCGUUAACGAAAAUCACUGAGAAAGCCUCGAAGAUAUUCCAGCUGGACUCAGAGGCUGGAACGCUUACGUUGGUGCAGAGCCUGGACUUUGAGGAAGGCGACACCUACGAAGUGCAGGUGCAGGCACAUGAUAUCUGGGGCCUUUUCGACACGACGAAUGUCGCGAUCACUGUGACAGACGUGAAUGACAACCCGCCCGAAGUGACCGUGUCGUCGGCAUUGAGCGAGAUCUCUGAGAACGUGCAGCCAGGAACAGUGGUGGCCCUGCUGCACGUGCAGGACAGGGACUCGGGAGCGAACAGCCAGGUGCGGUGCAGCAUUGACGAGACCAUCCCGUUCCGGCUGGAGAAGACCUUUGAGGAUUACUACCGCGUGGUAACGGAGGGGGACCUGGACCGCGAGAAGGUGUCGGAGUACAACGUGACCGUGUGGGCAGUGGACGGUGGGUCUCCGGCGCUGCAGAGCAGCGCGGUGCUGGCACUGCGGGUGCUGGACGUGAACGACAACGCACCCGUGUUUGCAGAGCCGCGCUACAGAGCCCGGCUGGCCGAGAACAACGCGGCGGGAGCGCUGCUGCUGACAGUGAGGGCUUCAGACGCGGACUGGGGACAGAACGCGCGCGUGCGGUACCGGCUGUCGGAGGGGCGGGUGCGGGGCUCUCCGCUCUCGUCCUACGUGUCGGUGCAGGCGGAGACGGGCGCGCUGUACGCGCUGCGCUCGUUCGACUACGAGGAGGUGCGCGAGGUGCGGCUGUGGGUGUGGGCGGAGGACGGCGGAGCGCCGGCGCUGAGCAGCAACGUGUCAGUGCUGCUGGAGAUCGUGGACGAGAACGACAACGCGCCGCAGGUGCUGUACCCGCCGGCGGCGGCUCCGUCUGCGGCGGUCUCGGGCUGGUCUGGCGUGGAGCUGGCGCCGCGGUCGGCGGAGCCCGGGGCGCUGGUGGCCAAGGUGGUGGCGGUGGACGCGGACGCGGGGCAGAACGCGUGGCUGUCGUACGAGCUGGCCAAGGCGACGGAGCCGGGGCUGUUCCGCGUGGGGCUGCACAGCGGCGAGGUGCGCACGGCGCGCUUCCCGCUGGCCCGCGACGCGGCGCGCCAGAGCCUGGUGGUGGUGGUGAAGGACCACGGGCGGCCGGCGCUGUCGGCCACGGCCACGCUGACGGUGGUGCUGGCCGAGAGCGUGGCCGAGCUGCUCUCGGAGCUGGGCAGCGCGGCGGCGGCGCCGGCCGAGCCGGCCGCCAGCCUCACGCGCUGGCUGGUGCUGGCCGUGGCGGCCGUGUCCUGCCUCUUCUUCGCCUUCCUGCUGCUGCUGCUGGCGCUGCGCCUGCGGCACUGGCGGCGCUCUCAGCUGCUGGCGGCGUCGGGCAGCGCCGCCUUGCGCGGUGUCCCGGCCUCUCACUUCGUGGGCAUCGACGGUGUCCGCGCCUUCUUGCAGUCCUACUCGCACGAGGUGUCGCUCACUGCCGACUCGCGCAAGAGCCAUCUCCGCUUGUCAGCGGGGAGCUGCUGCGACACCUUCCCUGCCCGGCCGCCUCCCGACGAGCCUGCGCCACUGCUCGUGGAUCACCCUGCGGCAGCCCGCAAGGAGGCCUCCGUCGCUCUCAUGGUUGCUCGCUCGCCCGGAGCCGGCCACAGCGGCAGCAGCAAGAGCAGCAAGGGCCAGAGGUGGCUCUAG